AUGCGAAGGUUGCGAAGCAGCCACACCGCCGCCACACUGCCGCAUCACUGCUGCGGCCAGACUCAACGGCCGCCGAGUGGUGGUCUUCUCCGACAGCCAAGCCGCAUUGAAGGGUCUCCUGAAGCCAAAGAUGCUAUCCGGCCAAGUGUUUCUGCUGGGGACCCUCCGAAAGCUUCAGACACUGGCCGAUCAGGGAGUGGACGUGGAGUUCCGCUAGAUCCCCGCCCAUUCCGACAUCUAGGGGAACGAAACCGUCGACUAGAAGCCGCCACUACCACACAGAGGGGUUCCCUUAAAGAAGGAUACGACACCAAAUAUAACCAAUCAAUCUGGCUCGCCGCGGCGGAGAAGCGAUGA